CUUGCUGCUCCAGCACGCCUGCGCCACGGUGCUGCACCAGCAGCCUGAGAGAGAGAGAGAGAGAGAGAGAGAAGCAACUACACCAUCCACGCGUUCACGGAGAAAAGACACCAUAAACACCUGGCUCCAUAAACAGGACGUUCCCAGCAUUUUCGUCUCUGUCCUAAACCGUACUAUUUCACCUUUCAGUCCUCUCAGUAGAGCAUAAAAGAGAUUUGAAGUGGAGAAGAACGGUCGAUAAAUGAAGACUUUGGGUCAGUUUUACUGUGGCGCUAUCCUGGUCACCAUUCUCUAAUCCAUGAUGGAGGAGACCACUGAUAAUUCUCUUGGAUCGCUGGCCAGUGAUGACUCUUACGUGAUGGCCAAACACUCAGCCAUUUACCCAUCAGCCGAAGAGCUGGAGGCUGUCCAGUCUCUGGUGUCAGUUGCAGAGGGAGGCCUAAAGCAGGUCUCAGACUGGCUAGCUAAUUCUGCAAAGGCUAGUGUUGUCAUAUGUAAGGACCAGGCAGAACCCAGCACAAAGUGUGGUGGGCUGUUGGUUGGUGUGGUGCGUGUUGGAUCAGUGGCCAAGGGCCUCCUGAUCAAGGGGGUAAUGGACUUGGAGCUGGUCUUGCUGUGCCGAGAGAAACCCACCAGAAAGCUGCUUCUCACAAUCUGCACAAACCUGCCGCUGCAGAUGAAGAAAUUGACAGAGGACAGCUACACAGUGCAGCCAUGCAUUCCAGAGGCAGCUAUUCUGGUAUUCAAAAGCAGCAGACCUGAUCUGCCUCUCAGGGUCACCCUCACCUCAAUGGAGAUGAAAAGCAAAGAGUCAGAAAGAGGCCAAGUGGAAAACACAAAAGCAAAAGAUUCGUCUGAUCUGCUGGACCAGCAGAGAUGCCUCCUUGCUCUGGCCUCUCUGCGACAUGCCAAAUGGUUCCAGGUCAGGGUAAGUGGUAAGAAGUCCUGUCUCACAGUUCUGAGGAUCCUCAGGGACAUAUGUAUCAAGAGACCAGCCUGGGAACCUCUCAAAGGAUGGCCUUUGGAGCUAAUCUGUGAGAAGGCUGUUGCCACAAGUUAUAGGCCACUGGGGCCCAGUGAGGCUCUCCAAAGGGUCUUGGGUUGCAUUUCUUCAGGCAUACUGCUGCCAGGUGGGCCUGGAUUGCGUGAUCCAUGUGAAAAAGAACAAGUAGACACUUUAUCAGCCAUGUCAAGCGAUCAAGCUGAGCUUCUUACGCACACUGCACAGCACGCGUUACGGCUCUUAGCUUUCGGCCAGAUUCACAAGUUCCUCCAGAUGGACCCUCUUCCUUCAGCUAAACCUGCUGUGGAACCAAAAUUAGCAGAAGCAGGGAUGUCUCAGAAAAGACUUAGUGAGGAUGAAACGCUGGAGGAACCAAGGAGCAAGAGGACAAACAGUACUAAUGUAGGCUCGUUGUCUGCUGAGGACAAAUCAGAUGGUAAGAGGAAAGUAGAAACUCUCUCCAAAAGCUCCUGCAACAAUCACACAAAGAGCUCUUCCUCAGCCAAGGGUAAAAGUCAGGGUCCUGUCCUCACAUCUAGGGGCAAAAACCCAGUAAUGGAGCUGAAUGAGAAGAGGAGAGGGCUUUCAUACGACUUAAUCACUGAGAAUGGAGAGAACCAACAACAGCGCUUCAUCAUUGAGGUGCAAGUCGAUGGACUGAGGUUUAGAGGAUGUGGGCCAAAUAAAAAAGUGGCAAAGGCAAAUGCAGCGCUGGCAGCAAUAGAAAGACUCUUCUCAGCACACAAUACAAACAGCAACAAGAAGAAGAGGUCCUACACAAAGGUGAAUCCAGCCACAAAUGGCUUUCAUCGAGGGAAAAGGGGUGUUACAAUGCCCAGGCCAGUGCUUCCUCUCCCUCCUCCAGCCCCUGCAUACUUUACCCCAGGCUAUGCUCCUUAUGCUUAUGGACCAGUUAUCCCCCAGCCGUACGGGGGUAGAAUUCUGCCUUGCAUGUUCCCUGUUCGCCCCUUCAUCCCUCCAUGUUCACGUCCUUUCAUCCCUCCUCCUGUUUUCCAUCCCCCCUUCCACCAUCCUCGCCCCUUUCUAUAAAGAUUAUCUUAAAAAUGGUGUAAGAUAAUAUUCAUUUGUUUGAUGCUUUUUUGUAUGUUCCCCAUUUUUCUUGGCAAUUUGCACUGUUUCAAAGACGUGAAUAAAAGUGUUUAUUUUUCAUGUCUUUGUACUGAUUCAUUUGCACUACACAAGGAUGCACUAUAGGGAGAUGGAGAGUUCAAGUUUGUGUGUUGAAUGUAGAGAGUACUGAGCUGAGUGCAGCACCACCCUCUCCUGCCUGCAACACUGUCGAAAAAAAAAAAUCUAUACUCUUUGUAUUGUAAGCUUUUACUCAUAAGCCCAGUGCACACUGAGCACAAUGUUCUCUCCAAUUCAUUCUCUUCUACCACAUAUUCUUCCAUUCACACUGUUCUAGAAUGUUCUCCCCAUUCUGUUUUCUAAAAUGUCCUCUCUCCAUUCAUCUCGUUUUAGAAUUUUCUCCCCUUUUGCAGCAUUCUGAAGUGUUUUCUCCACCCCUAGUCAUAGUCUUUUAGAAGGUUCUCCUUCAUUCACACUGUUCUAGAAUGUUCUCUCCCUCCCUAGUCUUAGCCUUUUAGAAGGUUAUCAGUCCACGCAGAUUAGUUGGGUUCUAGUUUAUGUAUCAAAACAGUAAUCAUUUAUUUUAUAUGAUCACAUCCCUUUGAACUGAUAUAUGUAAAUGAUCUCUAUUCUGAUUGGUUGCCAUGCAUUGUACUUCAUUCAAAAAGCAGUCUGGGAUAAAGCACUCCUUUAGUGUGAAUGGGUGUGGCUACACUGCUGUAGGCUGAAUAGGCAGAUGCAUGUAAAUGAAUUGGCUGUGACUUGAAUUCAAAUGAAUUCAAAAUGUGCUGUUUUUACAGCUUAGUUUCCAUAUAGACUAUAUGGAGUGGAGAGUAAAUGGUACGUUUUGACUAACAAUUUUUACAUUCUGUGUAGAUUAAAAAAAAACAACAAAAAACAAGGAAAUUUGGCUUUCAAUGUGUAGUGGUAAGUUUAUUUGUAUACACCCUUCUUGUUCCUGAACACACCUACCAUAUAGGUGCACUGUGUAGUUUUACAGUUACUGACUGUAGCCCAUUAGUUGCUGCACAAUGUAUCAGCCAUACAUCCAUCAAUGGAAAAUGACCAUCAUAGGACCACCGCUGACAAGGUAUUAUUCGAAUGGUAAGCCAUUCUCAGUAAGACAGUGAUAUCAAUACAUUAUGUGCAUUGGUGUGUCAGGCCCAGCAACGUUGCUGUAUGGUUGAGAACAGUCAACUUACCAAAAGUAUCCAGCCAACAGUAGUUUUGUGUUUGGAAGUUGUCUACUGAUGGAGGAGUAGAUCACUCACACAAAUUGUUCAUAUAAAACAGACCCUAUAGUCUUUAAACUCAGUGGAUCACCUACAUUUUAAUAUAUUGUACAACGACAUCAACAGGCAAAUGUGUCAGCAUGUCUCCACUUUUGUUUCUUUUUAUUUAUUCACAUCAUUUUUGAUUGCCAAUUGCCUUUUGUGUCUCAAUGUCAUGCUCAUUGCACCAAUACAAAAGAUUUAGAAUAAGAUCUUAUUCCAGUAACUUGUAUUCAAAGUUAAGGAUGCUUUUUUUUUCUUCUUCUCGCUUUUGGGAGAAAUAAUGUUUUUUUUCCGACUAUGAUGAAAUAUUUUAACUGCUCUCUCUGUCCGUUAU